AGUCCACAUUCUCCAUUGAAUCUCAUUGAAGAUCAGGCUCUUCAAAUCACCUGAAAUGUCUUUCAGUGAUCAACAGUGCAAGCAACCUUGUGUGCCACCCCCAUGUCUUCAAAAGACCCAAGAAAAGUGCCAGGCACAAGCUGACGAUGUGUGUGCCUCCUCAUGUCAGGACCCCUGCCAAGAUAAAUGUCCACAACAAGCUCAGGAAGUAUGUGUUUCUCAGUGCCAGGAGCUAAGCCAAGGAAGCUGCCCACAACAAGGCCAAGAUCCAUGUCUACCUCCAAGCCAAGACCAGUGUCUUCCUCAGUGUGCGGAGCCAUGCCAGGAGCUAGCACAAACAAAAUGUGUGCAGGAGUUCCCACAGAAGUUACAGGAGAAGUGUUCAUCCCAGGGCAAGGGGAAGUAGCUGCUCGAAUGCCAUCUGGAGUCAAGAAGAUGGCCAACAGAAGAAAAUAUAACCCCAGUCCUCACGGUGACCUUCUCCUGUGGGUAUCUCUGUAUAAGAUACUGUCUUGUCUCCUGACUCCCUCGGUAUUCCAGGACUUGGUCUGUACCUCUGAAGAUAGUCUCUGUAUUUUAUUAACCUCUGUGAAUAAGUGUUCUCAGCAGCUGGCAGAUGGUCAAGAGUAUGGGAGUGGUGUGGUUAUUGAGGCAGACCAUCAAAGCCCUAACACAACUCUCCUGGGGCAAAACCUCACUUAGCCCCUGGUACAUAAUGGCCAAGGAUGCCUUCGUCCAUCUUUCAGAGUGCAAGUGUCUUCUUCAAGCUUCAAGAGAAUCUGAAUUCAAUGGCUUUAUGGUGAGCAUCACCACUACAAUGAGUAUUAAGAAACUGGUGAUGCUGCAAAAUAAAAAAAUGGCUUAAUUUUGUUUGUGCAUCCUAACAACAACAAAAAAAGCUGAACAUUGUAAUGUGGUCUGUGCUUUGUAAAAUUCAAACAAAAUGUUUUAAAAGACAGAAUUCAAACAGCCUAUAAGAAACACGAGUUGGGAUCUUCAGAUCUUUGUCAGUCUUUGUGCUUUGUAGAUGAUCUGCUGUGGACCAUUUGGUGUGAGAGGGCUUUGGCUACCAUGACUGGUCUUUAGUUUGUGUUUCUGGGAUAGGAGCUGGCUUCUCUCCAGCUUCCUCGCCUUUUCCCCUUGGUGAAAGUAAAAUAUAUAAUAAAGCUCUUUCUAAGGCUG